AUGUUAAUUUGCUCAUCUCAUCUCAUCUCAUUCUCCUUCCCCUUCCUUUAUGCUCAUCUCAACCCCUCCUCCCUCCAUCAUCAGCGGGCCCGGGCCUGGGCCCUGGCCCGCCUCUAUCUCCUUAAACAUGGCCAUCACUUGAAUCAUCGUGGGCCUCUUCCAAGCCCGAUCGUCCAAACACGCGCACGCCACUUCCAAAUGCCGCAACAACUCCAUCUCCAAACCCAAAUCCUCCCUCAUCAACUCAGGGUCAAAAACGUCACUUACCCGACCCCUCGCGCGCUCCUUAACCCACCCCACCAAAUUAUUAUUCUCCCCGAACUCAGCCGAGUCAGUCGGCUGCCUCCCGGUCAGCAACUCGAGCAAAACAACCCCAUAACUGUAAACAUCCCCUUUCGUCGAGCACCUAAAGCUCUGAUAAUACUCGGGAGGCACAUAACCGGGCGUCCCGGCUAA